UCUUAAAUAGAAUCAAUGUUGGUGUUGUUGCAGGAGCUGGAGAAGCAGGGCUGUGUGUUUCAGGAGAGGCACGGCUGGGAGCGUCCAGGGUGGUUCAGUCAGGAAGGCCCUGCACCGGUCUUGGACUAUGAUUACUACGGGGCCUAUGAUUCCUCCCGACACACUGAUUACAGGUACAACAAGCUACUUGGGAGAGAGUACACCUUCGACUUCCCACCACAUCAUGACAUUAUAAAGAGCGACUGCUUGACAUGCAGGCAUGCUGUGGCAGUGUUUAACAUGUCUUAUUUCGGCAAGUUCUACCUGGUGGGAACUGAUGCUAAAAAGGCAGCGGACUGGCUGUUCACAGCAGAUCUGAAUAAGCCACUUGGUACAACUGUCUACACCUGCAUGUUGAAUAAGAAGGGUGGGACUGAGAGUGACCUUACAGUGAGCCGCAUCGAACCUGGACCAAAAAGCUCUGUGCUGGCACCUGCUUUCGAAGGCGAUGGCUACUACCUGGCAAUAGGGGGCACUGUGGCGCAGCACAACUGGUCACACAUAACCACUGUACUGCAGGAUAAGAAGUUCAAGUGUGAGCUCGUGGACUGCUCUGAGGAUAUGGGCAUGAUCAGCAUUCAGGGACCACAGAGGUAG